AUGGAUAGUUGUUUUUCCUCGGAACUUAGUGCUCUAGGAUUCAGUUCAUUCACGUUCUUUGGAGAUUCAAAAUUUAAUCGGCUUAGACAAUUAAUUAGUGAUAAAACUAGUUCAUUAAGUAAAGUAAAUGAUAAAAAACUAUUUAGGGAAAAAUGCCUUGAAUUGACUGAGUUACUAAUUAAAUAUAAGGCUCCUCCUUCAUAUUAUAUUCAACAAAAGGAAAAAUGGGAAGGAGCAAUAAGAGAUUGGUUCAGAAGAUACUAUAAAGACCUAAAAAAUUAUGGCGGAUGCUUUAUAAUUUUAGAUGAGGAAGAUAAAAAAAUUUUACAAUUAAUAUAUGAUGCAGAAGAUUUCUGUGAGGAAAAAGAAAGUAAAAAACCAAAUAAAAAAUGCCUUCAGGGAGCACGUGAUAAUCCCAAUAAUUGUGAUAGUUGGUGUUCAACAGAAAUUAGUGAAUAUAACGAGUGGAUUAUAAAGAGAAAGAAUUAUUUUACAGAUAAUAAAGAACAAAUUUAUCAAAAAUGCAGAAAAAGCAAUUCAUUACUACCUUUUCCAAAAAAAAGUUGCGAUGUAAGUAAUCCUGAAACAUUUAAAGAAAUUCCUGUAUGCAAUUCACAAAAGCCCGUUGCACAAAAAAACUCUUUACAAGUACAAAACGAACAACAAUAUUCAGCUAAAUCUCAAGUUCUCCCUAUAGUAGAAUCUCAAAAAUCAACUGUAUCAAAAGAUAGUGAAGAAAAUCUAGCUCUACAUCACGGUUCAAAUACAAAUAUUGGAACUACACUAAUCAAAGGUGAUCAAUAUAAACAUCAUGCUGAAUCAGAAGAACCAAAACUUUCUGAAUCUUUGGAUUCAGGAAUGCAAUCUCAAGAAUCACCAGUUAUUGUUUCGACAUCUCGUGCUCCAAUUGAUUUACCUAGAACAGCAGGUAGUAUAAAUGCUACUUAUUUUUAUAUAUAUGGAACAAAUAAAAUAAAUAAUAUAUUUAUUUAUAAAACUAUUACAGGUCAAGAACAAAAUUCAUCUGUAAUAAACACACCAUCUAUUUUAAUAACCAUUCUUCUUAUUAUGGUAUUUUCCAUUUUUAUUAAAUAUGCUUUAAUAGUGAUGUUCAAAAAAAAAAAAAAGAUAAAGAGAAAACAAAUGAAAUUCCUUAGAAUACUACUACCUUCUUUCUCUGAGAGAAAAAGAAUAUUUUUAACAAAUGAUCAAUUGGUUCAACAAAAAUAUAAUGAUAAAGAAAUCACAAAAAAAAUAAAAAUACAAACAAAAUGUAACUCCUCAAAGAGUAAAACGGAAAGGACAAAAACUAUUAUAGAAGUACAUAUGGAAGUACUUCAAAAAUUUAGAAAUGAAGAAUGGGAUUUAAAAAAAAGAGAAUAUUUGGAAAUAUGCUUGGAGGAGACUAGAGACUAUCCUCAACUAUUAGUAGAAUGUACUAAAAACUGUAGAGGCACUGAAGAAUCCAUAACUCUAUGCAAUAAGUGGAUAAAAAGAUACAAAUAUCUUUCUGAAAAUUUAAAAAAAGAAGAUUGGUUUAACAGCUUGAAAAAUGAGUGGAAAAGAGAACGAGAUUACAUAAAAAGAAGUAAAGAAUUAAAUAAUAAUAUUCCAAAUGACACCCCAAAUAUUUCAUCAUUAGAAACAGAAAAAGAUAUAUGGAGACAAUGGAUAUCAAAGAAGAGUCGGAUUAUAGAGCAGUAUUUGGAAUAUGAAUGGUUUAGCGGAUUAACGGAAGAAUUACAGAAUACCUUAGAUGAAUAUGGAAAUGACAGAAAUAAAUAUAAUGUAUCACUAAUUAAUUUGGAAGAGUUGGAACAAAAAGGAUGUAGUGAAGAACUAUAUAAAUACGUAAAAAAAAAAUUACUAGAAAAACUGUGUAUACUUGUACUUAUGACAAUAUUAGAAGAAUGCAGAAAAGAGGAGAAUACAGAGAAUAGUGAAUCAUAUUUGGAUAAUUCCAUAAAUGAUUGCAAGUUAGGAAAAAAUAUUGAUGGAAAAUCAGGAAUUACAGAAAACAUAAAUAAAGAUAUAGGAAAUGUUUUGGAGUACAGGGAAAAUAAGGAAUCUUAUAGCAAUAAAGGAGAAGAACCUUUUAUACAGGAACUGAAUGAUUGGAUAAGAGAAGAAAAUACAUAUAUAAAUUUUAUAAACAAU